UUUAAGAGGAAAGGUCGGGAAGAGAACGCGGCGUUUAUAGGCCAAGCUAAGGCUCCGAUUUUUAGGGUUUGUGGCGGAAGGAGGGAAGAGGGCUCAAGCUGCUGCGUGGUUGCGCCGAGCUUGGCGGCGCAUGGAGCAGCGAAGAAUUGGAGAUCCGCGACUGUAAGCUGCGGCGCAGGCGCUUGGCUCCUUAGGUCGUCCGGCGGGGCAUUGUAGGGUUUUAGGCUCGGCAGCCAUGACGAUGAACGAUAGGAAGGUAAUCGAGUUGGAGCAGGGAUGGGCGUUCAUGCAGAAGGGCAUCACCAAGUUGAUCAAUCUGCUCGAGGGAGUGGCGGAGCAGCAAUUCAACUCAGAGGAGUAUGCCAUGCUUUACACGACUAUCUACAACAUGUGUACCCAAAAGCCUCCCCAGGACUACUCGCAGCAGCUCUAUGAUCGAUACAGAGAAGCUUUUGAGGAGUACAUCAAUUCCAUGGUCAUGCCCGCGCUCCGAGAGAAGCACAACGAGUUCAUGCUCAGGGAGCUGGUCCAACGAUGGGACAACCACAAGAUAAUGGUCCGAUGGCUCUCUCGCUUCUUUAACUACUUGGACCGCUACUUCAUUGCUAGACGCUCGCUUCCAGCCCUCGGUGAAGUUGGACUAAUGUGUUUUAGGGACUUGGUGUAUCAAGAAAUGAAAAACAACGUGAAAGAUGCUGUGAUCACCUUGAUCGACAGAGAGCGUGAAGGCGAACAAAUUGACAGGGCAUUGCUUAAAAAUGUUCUGGGAAUCUUUGUGGAGAUCGGCAUGGGGAGCAUGGAGGCGUAUGAAGCUGACUUCGAGGCUCCCAUGCUACAAGACACCGCGGCAUACUACUCUCGAAAAGCAGCGUCAUGGAUUGAGGAGGACUCUUGUCCGGACUACAUGCUCAAGGCGGAGGAAUGCCUGAAAAGGGAGAAGGAAAGAGUUGGACACUACUUGCACUCAAGCAGUGAAUCGAAGCUACUCGAGAAAGUACAACAAGAGUUACUUUCACAGUACGAGCAACAGCUCCUUGAGAAGGAACAUUCUGGCUGCCAUGCUUUGUUAAGGGACGAUAAAGUGGAAGAUUUAUCGAGAAUGUACAGGCUUUUCUGUCGCAUCCCGAAAGGGUUGGAGCCCGUUGCUGCAAUCUUUCGAAUGCACGUAACGGAGGAGGGAACUACACUAGUCAAGCAAGCUGAAGAUGCCGCCAGCAGCAAAAAGGCUGAUAAGAAGGAUACUGUUGGUGUUCAGGAGCAGGCUUUUGUUCGGAAAGUGAUUGAGCUGCAUGACAAAUAUUUGCAAUAUGUCAGCGAGUGCUUUGUUAAUCAUUCCCUUUUCCACAAGGCUUUGAAAGAAGCAUUUGAGGUCUUCUGCAACAAAGGUGUUGGGGGAAGCACAAGUGCUGAGUUGCUAGCAACUUUCUGCGAUAACCUCUUGAAGAAAGGCGGGAGUGAAAAGCUUAGCGAUGAAGCCAUUGAAGACACGCUCGAGAAGGUCGUCAAACUUCUCGCGUAUAUCAGCGACAAGGACCUCUUUGCCGAGUUUUACAGAAAGAAGCUUGCGCGGAGGCUUCUCUUUGACAAGAGUGCGAACGACGAUCACGAACGCAGCAUACUGACCAAGUUGAAACAACAAUGCGGUGGUCAGUUUACAUCGAAGAUGGAGGGUAUGGUUACUGAUUUGACCCUGGCGAGAGAGAACCAAACUCUCUUCGAGGAGUAUCUGUCCGAGAAUCCUCAGUCCAACCCGGGUAUUGACCUGACGGUGACGGUCUUGACGACAGGAUUUUGGCCGAGCUACAAGUCUUCAGACCUUGCUUUACCAUCCGAAAUGGUCAAGUGUGUUGAGACAUUCAAGGAAUUCUACCAAACCAAGACAAAGCACAGAAAGCUGACCUGGAUAUAUUCCCUGGGAACGUGCAACAUUGUUGGGAAGUUUGAACCCAAGCAAAUAGAGCUCGUUGUCACAACGUACCAGGCUGCCGUACUACUGCUGUUCAAUGCUGCCGAAAGGCUGAGCUACUCAGAUAUCAAAGGGCAACUAAACCUUACCGACGAGGAUAUCGUCCGACUUUUACAUUCGCUGUCUUGUGCCAAGUAUAAGAUCCUCAACAAGGAGCCUAACACCAAGACAGUUAGUGGGAGCGACACCUUUGAGUUCAACUACAAGUUCACGGACAAGAUGCGCCGAAUCAAGAUCCCGCUGCCUCCAAUGGACGAGAAAAAGAAAGUCAUCGAGGACGUGGACAAGGACAGGCGCUAUGCGAUCGAUGCCUCCAUCGUUCGGAUAAUGAAGAGCCGGAAAGUGCUUCCCCACCAGCAGCUUGUUCUCGAGUGCGUUGAGCAACUAGGGAGGAUGUUCAAGCCCGAUUUCAAGAUCAUAAAGAAGCGGAUGGAGGACCUCAUUGCCCGGGAGUAUUUGGAACGGGACAAGGAUAAUCCCAACAUGUUCAGAUACCUGGCGUGAGGCUGUUGAUAAAAAUCGCGUGUAUUCAUUUUGGAUGGUUUUUUCUUCUUUUUCCUCUUUUCUUGACUAUAAAAAUCGACGACUUUACACGCUA